AUGGCGUUUUGUGUGGGGGCACCGGCCGCAGGUCCCUGGCCCAUCAGUGGGACACAGGAGAGCCAGGCUGAUGGCAUGUCUGAGGUGGGAAAGGGCACCCUGACCACCCACGUGCUGAACACGGCCACGGGGCUGCCGGCAGCCGGCCUUGGCAUCCGCCUGGCCCAGCUGCAGGAGCCAGGGCUGCAGUGGAUGGAGCUGGCACACAGGCACACGGAUGCGGAUGGGCGCUGCCAGCCCCUCCUGGCACCAGGACAGGCCAAGGCUGGCACCUACAAGCUGCACUUUGAGACAGCUGAGUACUGGCAGGGACUGGGGCACACCAGCUUCUACCCCUUUGUGGAGGUCGUUUUCAUCAUCACCGACCCAGCACAGAAGCUCCACGUCCCGCUGCUGAUCAGCCCCUACUCCUACACAACCUACCGGGGCAGCUAGAGGGGCACAGCCUUCCCCUGGGGACGCAGGAAUGAUGCCACCAAGGCCAUUAAAAACUCCAAACAGCA